GAUGUAUUGUGACAAGCUGAGACUAUACUUGCCCAGAGUCCUUCAUGCUUGCUCGUUCAAACUACUGUUCUCUGAAAGACGUUGUAAAAAGCGGACAGACCACUGCUAAUUUCAAUAACCUACUACUACGACUGUGCAGUUCCUCGCAAGGUCAGAUUAACUUUAUUUUCAACUGCAACAAGAUAGAGCAAGUUUCUCGGUCAGAUUUCUGUUUAGACGUCCAUGGAGCACUGUUAUUCCGGUCUAAGGUGACAGGCGGAUUGUACGGUUGACAGUCCAGUGGUAAUUAUGUUGUUUUAACUUGCACAAGUGAAGCCUCACACGCGACUGCAAAGUCAUAAACAUGUGCUACAACAAAACUGCAUGAAUCUAAUAAGGUAUGUUUAAGCGCUUAUCAUUUCUUAGUUAAUCGCUCUUUGUUUGUUAACAGUUCAUAAAACAUCUUUGUGGUGUUUCUUUGAACUAUGGCAGCGUGAGACUUCUACAUAUUACAUGAAGGAAGGCUCUCUAAGAGGUUUUUUUGAGUGAGCCUUUUCACAAGGGGGCGUCUACCAGAUUCCAUUAGAAGCUAUCAAAACACUUUAUCUCUAGAUAUAAAUACACUGCUUGAAGCGCGCGUCGCCGCGAACUGCGCCCAUUAUUGAAUACUUCGAGUAGAUUCAAGAUUAUUACAUUGAUUUGUGUUUUCUAAGAAAGCUUUCUCGGUCCCCUGUAAACAUUUGAGCCCAUUUCUGUCUCACACGUCUAGGGGGUCGGAGAAUUAACUCUUCAAAUAGGCUGGAAGAAUGGUGUUAGAUACAAGUCUUCCGCUGUUUUUCAUUGUGCACUCAUACUUUUCUGUACUGUAUGCACAAUACCACUUGCCUGCUAGACGUGACUGUCCUUAAUGCAAGCUCAUAUCUUCCGUCUGUAAAAUAUUGGACUUGCUCAGCUCGAAAUAGUCAACAGACUUCAGGCGCCUUGUUAAAAGUAGUGAAUAACAGAAUUCUUUCCGUAAUAAUUUUGUCACGUUAAAAUUUGUCACCUAGCCUGCGGUCAGGUCGCAAAAUAGUGAAGUACAGUGGAACUACGCCAAGGGAAGGCACAAAUUUGUUCGCUCUAUUAAACGAGGUUUCAUCAUAUCGAGGUUCUUUUUCAUAUAACUGGGGUAAAUAGAAUCGUUCGUUUAAUUUACUGAAGACUUCAUUAUAUAGAGGUUCGUUGUAUCGAGGUUUCCUAAGCUUGUAAAGUUUCAAGGCCGCCAGUUCGGAAAUAUAAAUUAAAUUUGGUGUUGAAAGUGCUCUAAACUUAGAAGAAAAAACCCAUGGCCUUGGUCACAAUACACUCUGGCUCGUUUCGCGAAGGACUAAAGCAUCAGUAAGAUUUUUUUGCGGCGAUGAAGUUUAAAAUGGCAGAUAAGUAACUGAUACAACAGCAAUGAUAACUUUAGUCUGAGUUUUUAUACUUUGACAAGCAUGAUCAUUACAGAAAAGGAAGAUUAUUUCUCCUUUAAGUGCCAUUACUGAACCGUUAAAAGCGAUAAAGAUGUAAAUUGAGCUUUUUAUAGCGUAGUGAUAACUGCGAAAGUGAAACAUACUUUAAAAACAAGUGUGUGAAUUUAUUUAUGUGGAAUUUCUAAGAAAUGUCAUAAUUAUGUAACUAGCUUUAGAUUUGACUCUCAGACCUUCGACAGGAAAAUAGUAUAACAAACAAUAUACUUAAGUGACAUUCUACAACAGUGCACUACAGACACACUACACUUUGCUGAAGAGGCGCGAAAAUCUAACGAGUCGCCAUCUUGUAGACUCAACAUCCAUAAUGCACAGCGAUCGCGGAAUGACCCAAUACGUGGAUAAGUUCUCCGCGGAAAUUGUGGAACGCAAGGCGUGUCUGUAACACCCCAGGAUUGUCAAGAAGGGCCAAUUUACCGGCACGUGGACAAAACACCAUUUCGUCCAGGGUGGUCUUUCAAUCAUAACUGUUUUUAAAAUCUUACGCGGAGCUGACAAAUCAAAACCCGUCGCGGCUACAAUCGUCAACGGACACGGUGUUUUGUUUGUUUUUAUUACGCGGGGUUUUCCUAAUUGCAUGAUAUGCUCACCGCUUGAUUAUUUAAACUGCGAAAAUAUUUGCUUUGGAAGCGUAUCUUUUGAUUUGAAAUUUGCUUUUUGCGGUCAUCGGGAGCAGGAUACAGGGGAAAACCGAGACAAAAGGUCAGCUAUUGUUUUAAUAACAAAGUGCCCAAUUGAUCACAUCUGCUUAUCGCGGUUUUAGUAGUUAUGAAAAUCCAUUCGGACGCUGCACAAAUGACAUUUUUAGGCAGAAAAUUUCGAUGUCUUACGCAUUGCUUGGCUGGACUUCUUGUGUGCAGUGUCUUUCUUAAUCAUUGUUGUCCGCGCGUGUGGUCUCAAGGUAAAAUGUGUGCGAACAAGGCCUGUAAUGGAGCCGAUAACCUAACGAGACACUUUUACGUGUCAUAAAAAUAAUGGAAAGGUGAAACAACAUGGAACGAAUGGUAAAGUCUCACAAGCCUGGCCUGUAGGUCUUAUCAAUGUAGUGUAGGUAACGUUCCAAGAAUAGCCUUAUUCCGGGCCUGCACUCUAUUAGACUGGACAACUUUAUGGCUGACUGCCUUUCGGAAGCUUUUGUUAAUUGAUAUUAACCUAACAACGACACAAUUGCACAUAUAAAGUGCAACGAUCGGCCAGUGAGUCGUACACAGUUCUUUUAUACUAUUAGUAUUACUACUAUUCGCUUUGUGGUUGUGCAUUUAAGCUCAAUCAGCGGUCCAUUAAUACAGUCUGUGACACUGAUCUAAUGAUUAGCCUAAGAGGAUCGUAAUUCACCUUACAUCUAGUAUUUACCGCAUGACUUAGCGCACAGCGUAGCGAAGUGGAAGAUCAUUGUUGAUUCAGCGUUUUUAUUUAAAGAAUUUACAAAAUCGCGAAGUUCACCAAAGCGUGGUGAAAACAAUGAGCGUGAUUUUCACAUGACAUCAAUUCUUUUAAUAAACGCGCGACAGUGUUUAGAAAGCGAAAAUUCACAAUUACUUAGCACAAUAAUAAAUUACCUUUUGUAUUAGUCUGUUCCUUUCGAGGUCUCGCUGUCACUUUUUUUUGUUUACAACAAUAGAAGUCAACAACCGGUCGUGUGAAAUUCCCUUGCUUCGGUGCCUCAUCGGAACUGUAUACGUCAAAGUGGCAGUUAGCGCAAAGGAGGCAAAAAUUGUCCGUGUAAAAAUUCCUGGGGACUCCCCCGCCCUCGAAAUGUCACAUGAAUCAAUAAUAAUAAUAGAGCAGAUCCUGUUGCAAUACCGUAGGCCACAAUCCACUCGAUGAAGUUUGAUCAAGAAUGAAUGAAUGAGGAACACAUGGAACUAUCAGACUGCUCUUUUAGCUUUGUAGGCAGGAAGAAUAUACUUCUGUUAGCUCAGAAAUCUUGUAAUUCGUCACUGUACGAUUUUUGGUGAGUACGAUUAAGAGUGUUUCUUUAAAUCUUUCAAGUUUUGACGUUUAGCCAACACUUUAGAAGUGACUUUUUUAUAUCGGUGACUUGUUUAGUUGGGCAUUUGUUUAGGCUUUCGCCGCAAAGGAAACACAGUCACACACAAGAGACGACCAAUUUAAUUGGAUUGAUUUUCAGCGCGUUCGGUUCUAGGAAUUUCCGUGUCGAAGCUUUAAAGAAAAUGUUAUAAUCUGACUUGAAAUAGAAGCAAGCUGUUUUUGAAUGUUUGUUUCCUGUAUUGCCAGGAAUAAGGAAAAAAUAGCAAUAAUUUAACCGCCAUCCCGCGAUAAUAUAACCAAUUGUCGACAAAAGAGUGUGAGGCAUCGAUCAAGCAGUGAGAUUCUAAAGAUUUCGUUUUCACAAGGAUAAAAUCGUGCCCUUUUGCAAGGACGCUUACUCUGCUAUCUCUCCUAUGGCAUGCACGGCUGCCUCGACAAGCCCCUACACGUCCGGUACUUAUAACCUACUAUCUGCGGCAAUUCUAUCCAAAAAGCGCGCGCCGGUUUUGGGCUGCUAAAUAAAAUCACAGCACUCAGUGACCCUCGAGUGCAUUGAAAGGCGUUUAAAAGAGUUCCGAAAGAAUUCAGGGACAUGAUAUUCCUGCAGUCUAUAUGAUAUUUUGAGAACCGCAGGAAAUAAACAUUUUGUGUACCAUCCAAAUCAACGAGCCGUGAAACAGCCAACAGCUGGCAGCGCUAGGGCCGGCUUGCGUUACAAAUUCCAAAGAACCGACUUGCGAUCUAGCUCGGCGAUCUGAAAACGCGAUUGCCUUCCGCUUUCCAGUUGCACGGUGACAAUUGACAACUGGAUCGUAUAGGGAAGCUGAUAUUUACGUAACCACAAUUUAAUCACGUUUAUCUGUCUUCAUGCUCUUUCAGGCUGAACGUUGAGAAACUGCUGCACGUCGAACGGCCACAACACUCGAGUGUUUUUUAUCGCACUCAGUAAAGAUUAUACUUUAAAUGAGGUGGGCACGAAACUCAUGCAUUUGAGAGAAUUCCCUCGGCAGUCACUGGCCGCAUUUGUGAAAGGAAAUCAGCGCGUAAAUCUUGGGAUCCUUGUGCUUUUCCUUUGGGCCUCAUUGUUACCUCUGGUAAGUAUUAAAAUUUCUAUAUUUUGUUUCGCGCGCUCUUUAAAUUUAUUUCUCCUCUGCUCUUCGUUCCGCUGACUGUACAGUAAUAGAGUAGCUUGGUAAUUGCGCGGUAGGGCUCGGUUUCCUUCAAUGAAGAGGAAAAUAUUAAGGAUCGAUUGAUCAAAUUCCCAGAGAUAUCCUGGCAAUAAUCAGCAAUAAUUUACCUUUCGAGCAGUAUUGGGCCAUUUCUCGCACCAUUAGCAUUUUAUCGCCUGCAAGAUUUUUAUCUAUAUAUGAGUACCUGCCUUGUCUUUUUUUUUUCCUCAAAUGGUAUGCUAAAAAACUAUUCAAAAAACGUCUGUACACCUCACGCAGGGAAAUUCUUUAACAGCACUUCGAAAGAGAAUAGAACACGCAGUUGGAGACGCGCGCGCGCGUUCCACGCGAACUUUUCUCUCUUGGGUGAACCUUUCGUGUUCGGAAUUUCCUGUUAUUGAAAUGCAGGUUUUAUACGCACUAAAUCAAAUUUGAGCUGAGCAGUAGGCAGAUACUCAUGAGACCCUUCAACUGUUGCUUGCAAGAGUUCGAAACUGAAAAGAAUUGAAUUGCUACUUUCAAUUAAGUGCAUUUAAUAUCGUGGAUAACCGAUUGACAUGGCACGCAAGAACGGUUAUCGAGUCACUUUACUCUCUCGGUAAAUUCCUUUUAGUUUAAAAGCUUUCUGUUUUUGUUGUCUUUUUCUUGCUGUUUUUGUUUUUGAAUUGGGCGACAGCGUAUCUCAAUCAUCGCUUUUAUUAUGGCGUGUAGCAUCACAAAUGAACUCGAAGCAGAGAAACGUUUCUUCUCGCGGAACAACGCUCCGAUUAUAAGUUGCCGGUUUUUUACAUAAUUGCUAUAAUUAUGUCUUUAUUUCCCCUUUUGUCUUUAUGGAUUCGUGUUUUGAUAUUAUGAUUUGGUGAAUGCAAAUGUGGAUUGUGAAAAUACUUACAGUCAUCCAGUGCUAGCUAAGAUCGGGUGGUUCGAUUGUAAAGAUACUUGUUAAGUUCAGUACUGAUUAAUAUCUUCUGGAGAUGGUGAUCCUUGAGUAUCACAAGUUCAAAUCAGUUCGAUCGAUUUUCGAAUGUACGAGGUUAUCUUCGUCUGAACUAUGGUUUAGAACCUGUCUCUCCCAAUUAAAAUCAACAAAUAUCUUCUACAAUGGCAAAUCAUAAUUUUAUAAAUACAAAGUACAUUAGAGAGAAAUCCACAGCUAUCGCUCAAGAUCAAGGUGUGCACGUUAACGUUAUUAAGGCUUGGUUAGAUACCAGCCAUUGAUACAAGACGCUUAACCCUUUAAGCCCCAAUAUCCACAAACAAAUUCUCCAGACUUAUCUCCAUACAUUUGUUUUAAGAAUAGUUGAGAGAAUUUGAUUUAAGAUCAAAGCAUUCUCUCUUUGAUAAUCAAUUUAGCAAUUCUCAUAACCUUUACUCUUGAUGAUCUGCUGAUGUUGUUAGGAGAAAAUUGAUGUUGGUCACUCUUGGGACCUAAAGGGGAAAAGAACGAAGCAUCAGUUAUGUUUGCUUUUUCCAUAUUCUAUGCGUCAAACUUUAAGAAUGAGAAAACUACAUUCACGGUAACAUAUGAAAAGCGUUGGCCAACAGUCCAAACCACCGGUUAUCUGUUGUUGAAGUGGUGGAUUACGAUAUUCAGGCGAUAAACUAGCUACCUCUGUAUGUAGUGGAUAAGCGAGUCCUGUUAUAAGACUUAUCCUUUGAGUGGGUGGAUCUACGUUUCCAACGAGUAGAUCUUAUGCUAUGUGGUCAAUUUACAGCUAAUGGUAGUUUUUAAUUCUAGUGGAGCGCGAGGGCGAGGGCGGAGGGCUGAAGCCGGGUACGACUGAAAUGAUCGCUGUGCCAUUCAUUUGACUUCAUCUUAUAUCUGCGUUUUCUUGGUUUUGUUUUUAUUUUUGUUAUUCAAGUGUCAGGGAACGGGAAUGAUCGAAGUACAUUUCCUCAACUAUGCAAAUCCCAGGCAGACCGACCAUCAAAACAGAUGCUGUAGCGGGCCUGAGGUCCAGGGCAGAUGCUCUUCACCCUGCAGGACAUUAUUCACAGUCUGCGUCGGUUUUUUACAUAACAUACAAGGCUGCUUCUUGGGAAUGAAGUCCUCGGGCAUCCUUGGUAACAGCUCGUUCGUUAUCCCAUCCAAUAGCUUGUUGCAGAUACCAUGGCAAUCCAUCCAAUCGUGGCCGGUAAGAAUAAACCUCUCUUCUAAUGGAACCAUCCCAUUAGAGGGUACUUGUUAAUGACAAUCAUUGUCAAAAGUUUUGGGAAGGCUACUACUUUUUACGUCUUUUUUUGUUUUUUUCCCCUUACCCCCGGUGCGCCUAAUAGUUCUGUUAUAUCCCAACACUGAAUUGGCUGGGCGGGUAGUACUAGCAAAACGGAAAACCCAUCUUCUUUUUGAACAAGUUGGACAACCCUUCCUGAGUACUUUUCUCUGACAUUGUAGUUUUAUUCGCGGAGUUUCCGAGCUUUUCCAAGUUUUGAGGUCUUUGAAUCUUUGUCAAAAAUAUUUUGUCCAAGGAACCCCUGACUAGGGGUACCAAUGUCUGUUUAAUAUGUAUUUUUAAUUAGACUGUUUUACCAGACUUUCGCUUUCGCGAUACUUCAAUAGUCUUUUCGACAUUUCAUUUUAAAACCUUAAGUUGUGAAAUAUAAUUUCACCCCUUAAGACUGCGAGUAAACUUGACUUUCGAACUCUGACGAGAGUGAAAAAUUGAAAUCGAAGAAAUAAGUUCGAAUAUCGGAAAACGAAAAGUGUACCAGGCAACACUGUCCUUCACAAUUAAUUGAUACCACAGGAUUUUCCGCAAAAGUGAAUGCUUCAGAAGAAAUAACUCCGAUUUACUGCAUACCGUAGGAGUAAAAACGAAAAAAAAACAGACAGUUGAUUUCAGAUCGUACUUUUUUCUUUUUUAAGACGGAUGUUGAUACGUUCUAUACUUCUAUUUUGAGGAUAUUUAAUGGGGCGUAUUAUUGUGUUUGUUACUAGAAUUUCCGCUUGAAAAAGAGCCUUAUUUUUCGUGGGAAAUUUCAGUUUCGAUAGGUCUCCACAAACUUGUAAUUAUUUCCUCUUAUUUUGUGAAUAGUUUCCGUAUUGUCUAAAUAGACAAUUUUUUUAGGUUCCUUUUGGAAAUUGAAAAGCAAAUGGAGUGACGUGAUGUGCUGUAGCUCUUAGUUGCUUUUUAAACUUUUCCCGGAACUUCCCUUCCUACCCGUUAAGAGGCUUAGUCGAGGAUAAAACACAACAGCGUUUAUGCACUGUUAGUGUUUGGGUUUCUUUUUAUUAGUGCAGCUUCCGAGAGGAAAAAUCCUAAUGUCGAACAGUCGUUCCCUUCGUCUCUAUUUUAAUCUGUUUAGCAAAUUUUAGACUUGGAACGCGCGACGGCGAUGAAAAUAUUGCAGAAGCGAGGACCACCGGCCUUGUUUCAGUGCAACAAUAGUGUAAAAUCACUUCAAUCUAUAAGACUCGAUUUAUUUUGAACGGAAGGAAAUGGGUUGUCGUCUUAAUGUCGAGCGAGGAAACGCAACUUAUUUUACUGUAAUACGAGGAACGCCAACCACAAAGGCCGUAUAAACAUCUUCUUAGUCUGGAGUCUAGAUUUUCAGGUUCGUGUCAAUGUAACAGACUUUUUUAACUACCCGUUGUUACUUCUUUAUACUUGGCCUAGACUGGCCUUCUCGCAGAAUCCUUUCCCCCCCUCUCGUUGGAAAGUUUCUAAUUAGAGAAGGCUUGCGAGUUCUGUAUGUUUUCAAGUCUCCACAAAAUAGUAUUCGUCAACGUUGAUUUUGUUGACCCCUUUUUAACGUCGGACCAAUUUGCGGACGGACAAUGCAUGGGAAAUAGUCAUUUGAAAUUUCUCACGGCCGGAUGAGGUGCUGUCACAUAAGCAAUAUACUGGGCUAUUUUCGUAUUUUCCGUUGUGAUGUGAUGUAAGAUAAAAUGAAUUUGAAAAUUUCCCAUGCGAGAACGUCUGAUAUUGAAGCCCGAUACGUGGGAGUCAAUGUUGGUCGGCCAUGUUUGAUUUGCACAUGAUCACAGAAGAUUGUCUUAAUGGACAAAAUCCUACAUUCAACCGAAGCAUUUAAAAAGAAACUAUGAAGUGGUAUGUUCUUACAGUGCUGUCUAAGGUGGUUUUACUUUAAUUUACUUGUCUGUUGCUGUUGUCUGUAGUAUAGAAUAAGUUUUUGUUUUUCUCGGUCAGUGUUUAUCCUAAAUGAUCACCAAGAAUUAAUACGGCUUAAAAGUCCAGCUGAAGUGUUUGUGUCAAAAACGAAACACUAGUUCACUGACAGCCGCCUGGACUUGUCAAAAUUUCUGUAUUAGUACACUGAAAGAAAUCAAGAGUAUCUUUGACCAAGGACGGCAAGAUGGAAGUAGACUAUUACCUUAAAGCGUCUGACAGAAGUUGUUACUAUUGGAAGAGGAAAUCGCUUUAUCUAAACUAUUGACUAUGGUUCCGCUUGCAACUGAAGAAUGAAUUGAUCUCUUUCUCUCUCUCUUUUUUUGUUUUUGGUGUUUUUCGUUUUUCUUGCAUUAGUGAGUGUACUUCAAAAUUCUAGCUUAGUUUACUCAAAACGUGGGGAGAUUAUCUGAAAGUUAUGUCACGUUGUAGGCUCUUUGUUGUUGGUAGUGACCUUUGCACGCGCCACUUUACUUACGCAUAAAUAUUGCAAUUUGUUAAAGCGUUCUAAGCUGCUUAUCGAACAUUACAUCGAUUUCUGUAUUCUCAUAUAAUUUCCUAACAUUUGUUGCGUGUGCCAAUCAGUAUCAAGUGUUAAUUGCUCUCUCGCGCGAAUUUGUAGUGUGAAAGAAUCGAGUAUGUAAAAACAUUCAGAGCAUAACUCAUAUUUUUGUGUCUUUGCUUUACAGGGCUCAUUCCAGCUCGUGGUCAGAGCUGAACAUCAAGGUAAGCGAAUGUGUUCGGUUUUUGUCUAGUGCCUAUUGAAUUUCAAUGUAUUUUUUGCCUGUUAGAGAGCUUUGUGCGUGAAGUUUUGAGCCUUAACAUUAACUGCUCUGGAAUGUUGCAGCAUGGAAGGUAAUGAAUGUGGGUGUUUCAGACGCGAUAACCCUUUCAUUACUGGGAUUAAAAUUUACUCUCGCCUCACAAAAUAGGUCAUUUCGGCACGCGAAAGGUUAUCUCUUGCAUCCAGACUUCAUGAACAGGAUAUCAUUUAAAUCGCUAACAACUUCCAUUCAACUCUCAAAAAAGCACGGUGUCGAUGAAUGCUAUUCGUGUGUAGACAGUAAACAUUUAGUGAGUGAGGGUAUUCUCUCGCGGAAAAGGUCAUUAAUUCGAUAUCCGUUUGACAUGCUACACGGCAAUAAAAGUGCAGUGAUUUCCUUCAGCAAAAGCUUUUAAGUACCAACGAUUCAAAAAUUUCACUUUAGAUUGACAUUCUGUGGCGUUUGUGUGUGUAUACAAUAAUUAUAAAACCAUUUGCUCCUGGAGAGAAUCUUUGCUGUCAUUUGUUGUUUCAGUAAAGUCAUUGUUGAUUUUACACGCAAGCGAGUAACCCCCAGGAUUGAUUUGAUGGCUUCAUAAAUGCCCGCUCAGCGAUUCCAAAUAUUGAAGAAUCCUCCAGGUCGUCUCCAGUGUCUCAAAGCUGAAUAAGUUCUUUCUUUCCUAAAUUAUGUCUAGUAUAUAGAGGCAUCCAGGAAGUGAAGACACGUUGUUGUUAGCUUUUGCAGUUAAUUGGCCCCAUGAUUUUUUUAUGGGCGUAAUUUUAACCUUUAGUUCCUGUUCAGUCUUGAAAAAUCACGUAAUUUUGUUGUUGUUUUAGCUUCUAAAUCCAGCCAUAAGGUCGUGUCGGUACAUCUUGCUUCUGCUCAUAGUUUUUUUCAGUCAGUUUUCAUUAACCCUUUCACUGCCAAAUGUGGCCAAAGGCAAAUUUCGACCAAAUAUCCAAAUUUCAUUUUCUAAAAUUUUGACAGGCAAAUAGCACCAUGUGUAAGUACAGGAAGAGAGCUUUCAUUUGAAUGGUCACAUCAUGGGAUUUCGUCCACAGACUCAAAAGUUAGAGUCACCUUACAAAACUCCAUCUAGCACUCUGGCAGUGAAAGGGUUAAGAGUUUUCUUUCACUCAGUUUCAGUCGAAGCCGACACUCAAAGAGCCUAAAGAGCGACUGACACAGUAACAAAUAUAAAUCACUGUCUCAUUUCCUGCUCAUAAUACUCUAGCAUAGGUCUUCUUUUCUCCAGUUAUCUUUUCAAAUCUCUUAACUCACUUAACCUAUAUGUUCAAUAUCUCCGAUCGUGAUAAUGGCGUGCUAAUGAAGCCUGGCUAAACAGCUUAUGUGGUACGUACAAACAGCUAGUGCCGGGAUGUUAUGUUUGUAUCAGUUGAAGUGGGUCAAUUGAGUUGUUCGGUCCUGAUAACCUUUUGCCCCCAUCGCCUUGUCAACGGAUUGUCCGGUUGUCUUAAAAACCAGCCAUAUCGGCGCGCUGAUAAGGUUAAUCCUCUAAAACUGAUGUUACAGGAUUUUCAUCCCAUCGACGAUUUUUAAUUUUAGCGUAGUUUAAAAGCUCUUUGCUAGAUAACUUUAGCAUCGUGUUCUGUGGAAUGCUAGACAAUCUUUGUUAGUGCCAACAUAUUGUGUGUUUGAGGCGACUAGGUUCAAAGACGUACAGAAACAUAUUGCCACAACACAUCAAAAGGAUAAGGUUGCAUAUUCGAUUUCAGUGCUGCGACUUCACUGCAUUAAUCUAAUUGUAGUCUCAUGUGUCGCCGUGUUUUUAUAUGAAAUCAUAGAAUGUAAUCACUCUUCGAAACUGGCGACUACUCUUUCGACAAUAUCUUAAGGAGUUACAGCCAACCGAGUUUUAAUUUAGUUUGGUUUGGUUUACUCAUGACCGUAGAGAUUAAUUUUCGGUUUACUAUAUUGCCUCUUUAUCAUAUCUUCCGUCUAGUUAUUUGGCUUACGUUUGGAAAAUCAAUUACGUCUGAAAUUAGCCGAUUUUAUGUCUCGUUAAUUCCUAUCGUUUAGACACGAAACGCAAGAGUUCAUAACCUUCGUAUAAGUCUCUGACUGAAAAAACAGGCAUUAAGAUAAAGCCGCUGUGUCGACAAAGUCACUAAAGAACCAAAGUGAUACACUAAACUCGAUAGAAAUCCGGAAAAAUUCUCUGAAGAAUUGACUUUUAAACAUGCCUUUUUGAAUCUAAGGUGUAGUCCUCAAUCAACUUGUCAAACUAAAGUUAGAGACACGUUUCAUCGCUCAAUUCUUGGCCGCAAAGGCCAACUUUCUUGAAAUGAUAGACUUUUUCUUUUUAUCCAUAUUGCCAGGGAGUACCAGCCCAUAUCGUGCUCCAGUUUUUGACGUGGGCUAAAUCUUUUCUGUACUGAUCAGAAUAUCAAAAACAUCAGCUUGGGUUUUCUUUGCGGAAAACUCCUUGAAUUCUGUGCUCAUCUUAUGAUAAGUUACUAAGCUUAAAGAUUUAUGGAGAAUAUAAACUGGGAAAGAAAGGUUAACUCGAUAGCCUCUAGCAGGGCUUAGCCGGUUUGCGAACAGGAAAGGAUAAUUAAGAGUUACAAGAGUUCUUUACUUAUUUGGCGCCAUCGCCCUCCCUAAAUGGCGUGCCAACAAAAAGUAAAAGCUACUGAGCAAAACUGAUACUUUGUGAAAGUGUUUCUUCCGCAAUUCCCUCGCAAACAGUGCUUACUGCACUCGCCUGUCCGGAAAAGACAAUCCACUGUUAAACGUAUGCUUUCUGAAGUCUGUCGCCUUCAGCGUUCCUAAAAUACAAUUUGCUAUGUUUUUGUUUCCUUUCCCGUUAUAAUGGUAAUCAGGGCUCAAAAAAAGGUCUCGUUCGGUAGUUCCGUUAGUCCCGGACUUGUACAGAGAUUUUCUUGCUGGGCAAUUAACUUUUACAGCUAAGUAACGGUCGCCGCAAGUCAUCUUGUAACUAAAUAACAAAGACGAACAAAAAGUGGCCCCGGGCAAGCAAAAUGUUAGAGCUGUUUGCACAGAGAACAAGCUGGAAUUCAAGCUUGUCUCGAGCCUUGAGCAAUGCGCUGGCACUGAUCCACUUUUAUGCUGCUUUCAUUUUUUUAAAAAGUCUUGUCAAGCUUAUAUUUGCUAAAUAUAUAGAGUCAUCAUUAACUUUGUAUAUCAUCCAAAAUCUCUAAACUUGAAUGCUGUUUCACCCUAUUUUUAAGAAAUCCUACACUUUGGCUAAACUUUCCGGCAUUGAAAGUUAAGGCGCAUUCUUUUACCAUCUGCUUUAUGCACUAAAGGAGAUCAUUUCUUGUUGUCGUCGUUGUUGAUUUUUUUUCCGCGUUCUAUUCUAACCUUGGAAACGUAAGUUUGAGUUAGGUAUUUAAAUGAAUAAAGGGUGGAAUGAAUCACAGCUUGAGCUGUCUUAAAUUUAAGGAGCUACCUUUCUGCUUGUGACUGAACUAUUUUUAAAAACUGAGACAGUAAAAUGGAUAAAGCAGCUGUCAACUAAUUAAUUGCUGUCAAGUAUUUUAUCAUUUCGUGUGUUUUUCCACCUUAAGCUUUAUCCAUGUCUAAUUACUCAAUCACCUUGUCAAUGUCUUUUAUUAAAGUCAGUUAUUUAUCAUGCAAAUGUGAUAAUAUGUUUUUGAUUGAGACCACACUGUAAAAAUUUCAAGUCGUCUGCAAAUACUUUGAUAGCGGAAAAGAAAGGUCUGUUUUUGUCCGGACAGCUGGAAAAAAUUAGUGGCAAAUGGAAGAGAAGUAAUUCCAUCUAUCGCCUUUAUUUUAGCAGUAAGGUAUUCCGAUGGGAGUGCAGUGAUAUCCUAGAACUGAAACCAUCUAAGCCCCACCUUAACCAUUGCACGUUAAUUUAAUCCUUAAAGGUGAUGUUACACGAGACUAUUCGCAACUACGAUUUUGAGCGUAACACAGCGUAGCAAUGUUGGAACAAUGCUGCAACCAUUCGAAACAAUGUCGCAACAAUGUUGUAAUGCUGUGUUGCGCUAAAAAUCGUCGUGGCGAAUCGUCCCGUGUAGUAUCACCUUAAACAUUCAAAAGAAAAGGGUUAUGAUAAUUAAUAAAAUGAUCACCAAUGGGGAAAUACUUUGAUCUUUUGUCGAAUUCUCUCAGCUAUUUCUUAAGGAAAUCUAUGAAGCUCAGUCUGGAGAAUUUGUAAGUGGAUAUGUCAUAUUGGGGCUUACAGAGUUAAUAGGAGUCCUCACUCACUCUUUAGUUUCUAUCGAAGUAGGAAAUCCAGUCAAAGUGAGUCUUGGCCCAAUGCAAGAGAGAAUUAAGCGUCUUGUCUGAUAUCAAAAGUAUUUUCAAAUAACUGUACUUAUCUUGAAUUUCAAGUGUCAUUUGUGGUUUUUUCCCACUUUUCCCUGGCAAGUCAACUGUUCUGGGAUUUACCGUGCUUGACGUUCAUGUUUUCCCGCGCUCGUCACGUUAUGCCACCCGCUACACGCUUUCAUCCGCCCCAAUUGUUCAAGAAUAUUUUUCUUUCGAGCUCCCCGAUUGGUUAAGUCAACUAUUUAGGGGUUUACCGCGCUUGACGUCCUUGUUUUCCCGCGUUCGUCGCGUCAUGCCACCCACUACACACUUCCAUGCGCGCCAAAUGGUCAGAUGUUUUUCUUUCCAGCUCGCCGAUUGGUUGACCUGGCCGAGGAUGGACUGUUAAGUCAUGGCCGCAAAAACUCACUGCAAAUCAUUUUCUUUCAGGUGUAUCCAGUUCAGUAUUAAUCGAGGAAGCCGUUGUUAAAAGGCAAAACCUGCUACCUGGCACACAAUGGCAUAAUGUGAGUCAUGUAGGCACAGUUGCGAACAUCACCUUCUCGUAUCGAGUAGUGUGUGAACAGAAUUAUUAUGGCGACUCCUGUUCCAUGUACUGUCUGCCUCGUGAUGACUCCAAUGGACACUAUACGUGUGAUAGUAGUGGUACCAGAGUCUGUUUACCGGGCUGGAAAGGCUCAUUUUGCACCGAAGGUAAUAGCUUUGUUUUAUUUUGUUAGACUCAGCGCAUAUUAUGUGGUAUACUCUUACAGUGAAAUUACAUUUAACUUACGAUUUGUAGGUGUACGCGGCUUUUAUCGCUUUCUAUCAAAGUGCCUUACGAACAACUUUAUUCCAGGCUAAAUUUAAAGAGGGCGACUUUCUUUUGGCAACGUUAUAACCAGGACAACAGCAAAGAUCUGCUCAGUGGCUUUCUCACAAUAGUCAAAAGUUACACUUUUAUCCGUGGCGUUAAGUUUUGAUACCAGUUCCUAUAGUUGGCUAAACUAUCAAAAUUUCAAACUCAUCAUCAUGUUGAAGGAUAGUAGAAAAUGGAUUUUGUCUGCAAACUGGUGUCAACGAAACCACUCUGUAUCUAUCUAAAAUAAGCCUUACAAUGUAAGUACCAUCUUCCAGAUUAACUUUGCUCGGUAAAAUUAUGACGCGAAACGGAGUCUUGAAUUGGUUUUCAUACUUUUCAAGUAGCUGACCGAAAUAAUGUCAUAAGCAAUUAGUGCAAUUACAGCAAUGGAAAUUCUAAAACAGAACUAUAAAACAGUUUAGACCUUACAUUAACUGGAAUUUUCAAAGUUUUAUAUACACGGUCGUGCUUCGGGCUGAACAGUUUAAUGUAAGUAAGUACAAACUUCGGGUAAAAAUUUGGAUUUACCUUAAAACAAAAUAGCAAAUAUGUACAAAAUGAUCGCGCAAACUUAUACUUUGUAAAGCAAUCGAUUCCUGGGUUUCAUUUGGUGCGGAGGCAAAAAUCGAGUACGAAGUUAGGAAGCUUAAUGAGUUUAAAUUUUAAAGCUUUGUGAACAAAAAAUCCUCCGUUAAGUUUAGUUAAAACAGUUUCCGCACUGAGUUUCUUAGGAAUAUCGCUUCUUUUGCCUGGUGUCCUUAUCUUUUCGUUCAAAACAGUUUUUUUGCCUUCAAAGUUAUUCCUUUGUGGAACAGCACUAGCCAAUUGCCACUGAUCUAACGGAAUUUUUAUAGCUAGCAAAUAGCAAUUUUGUGGUGUGCUAUUUUUUUGUGCAAGCCUUCCCUGACAUUUGCUCUAUUGCUAAAUUCCCAAUAACAAGAUUGACUCUUUAAACCUCUUCUAGUUCUCUAAGCGGAAAUUCCAUGAAACUAAAAGGGCAAAACUCAUAGCCAACUUUUUCUCAAGUUUGGCUAAAAUUACAUGAUUUCUCACUCAACUUAACAAACAGAGGUAAAAACGUAACACAAGCUUUUUAUGUCUUGCUUCAGCGACUUCAGUCGAUACUUGAAAACAUUCCACAUUCCUGUUCCAUCAAUUUUUACCUUUUUUAAGAAACUUCUACUUAAUAUGAAUACUUAGUUUUCGCCGUAUUUUUCCGUCGUUAGGACCUCGUGUAUCUAUCGUUUGUUUACCGUUUUUCAAGGAUUAGGCGUGUUUUGUUGCUUCUUUCUUCUGUAAGUUUGAUUAUUACACAGACCAACAAUACCAUCUGUAAGCUUCUUAUUUGAGCUUAGUAAUAGAUAUUCAAUAAACGUCGUCAUUUUAAAUCGAGGGGACACAUAGCAAGUCCACGGAACACAUAUUUAAAUUAUUGAAAGUCCUUUUAUUAGCAUCUCAGCUCAGAGCAUUUAAAUCUGUAGCAGAUUUUAACGAGAAAACUCCAUUUCUCUGUGAACCUUGAUUAGUAUGCGCUCUCACGAUGUUCAAUCGAGUGUGUCGUGUCGCCCAACCCAAACAUUUAAUCUUAACAGACCGUAAAAUCAACAAUAUUAAACAAUAUUUUUCGUAUUUUGUGUGGGGGUUGUAUUGUUCAAGGUCGUUCAUUAAUGACCUCUUAUGCAGAGCACGAUAGUGUUAUUGUUAUUGUUUUGAAACGUGCGUAUGCCUCGCAACUGUGCGCUUAAUUGGCAACUGCAGCUGGCAAUCGUUACGUGCCAGGGCAGGUAGUUCAACAGUUAUGUCUCUAUUUUAUUUUGCCCAAGGGCCCUUUAACACGCGCUUUAGAAAACAACAGUUUGAUUAGCCUUUCCUCGCUGUUCUACUCUUGGUGCGUGCGCGUGUAGCGCGUAACGAGGGUGACGCGCGUGGAGAGCCUUGGUGACUCGUCUGUAUAAUUCGUAAAUGAUAGGUGAAAGUCUCUUGAACACGCUGAUGAUGAUAUGAAAUGGGUGUUGACGAAUAAAGACGUUCAGUUCUGCAAAAUUAAAUGUGUUAUUCGCUUUGGCAAAAACGAAAAAUCUGUAGCAUUUGCUGCAAUUUCCACAUGCACAUCAUAUUUUCUCUGCACUAACGUACUUUCCCUAAUGUCCUAGUUGUUUGCCGAGAAGGAUGCCACCCAACUUACGGCAGCUGUGUCACGCCGAACACUUGCGAGUAAGUAAGCCAGUUAGCUACUUUCGAUGUUAGUGAUGCCCUUAAUUGGGUGGAAGUCCUUCACACAACGGAUGUUUAAAAACAUAUGGACGGCUUUUACAAACAUUCUAAAUGAACUAGAAACAGAUUUAUGAAUAUGGAAAAAGAGAAAAAAACUGAGAUCAAGGGAAUCGAGAUAAUGAAGUGAGUACCAGAUCGAAGUCCAGCAUAUGAAGGUUUCACACAGCACAUUAGCGAACAAACCGGUGUAUGUCUAAUAACCUUUCUAUCGUGUUCUUUUAUUUCCAUUUUAUCCCCCCUGGCUUUCCAACAAUAACAGCAGAUAUAACAAGGAAACAAUUUUAAAAACUCUUCUUUUAACGUUUCGGCCAAUAUGUAAAACUUCACGUCAGGUAAAGCCGUACGUACUUUUUUGCAAUUGUCUAAAACAAGAGCAGCCAUUUGGUCCUCUGAAAUAAACAAACGUGAAAAUUCAUACAUAUGGUUAAGCUAACCAGCCCCUCAAAACAGCUACCUUCUUAAAAACGUUGUUAGAGAUCUUUGGAUUCUUAGACGAGUGCGACUACGAGUACGAGAUUUUCUCAAAACCAAGUAGCGCACGCGCGUGAACCAGCGUCAUUUUGGCGGGAAAACGUGAUAGCCGUCGUCAUUCUACCGAGGUUUUUAACUAUACGUAAAAAAACGUUGAAUCAGAUCUCGUACUCAGUCUUUCUCGUCCCUGAAUCUAAAGAUACUUAUUGAUACUAAUGUUAAAACUUUCAUCAUCUCUUUAUAGCUGUGCAAGUGGGUGGAAAGGAGCAAAUUGCACGCAAUGUCGUAAACAGCCCGGGUGUGUGCAUGGUACAUGUAGGUCGCCAUGGGAAUGUAACUGUGACUUCGGAUGGGGUGGAAUUUCCUGUGAUGUUGGUAAGUUUCUCCAUUCAUUUGUCUGUUUAACCUAAAUUUCUCCCAGUUUUCAGUAUUACUAGACCAGGGAACAUCUCAUCCUUAUUAAACAUGCUAUUUUCAGAUUUGGAAGUCUGCGGUCGAAAAAAGCCGUGUAAAAAUGGUGCAACUUGCACAAACAUUCGAGGAGGACAAUACGCUUGUUCAUGCGCAAAAGGUUAUACUGGAAAAAACUGCACCGUGGGUGAGUAGACUUAUUGCGACCCAUAUCGAUGUAUUUAACAAUUAUUCCUCGAACCCUAAUGGGCUCUGAGUCAAUAGCCAAUGGGCUAUUGACUCAAGGGCGAGAGGAAUAAUUGUUUCAGUAAAAUCCAACUAGUUGUUAAAAAAUAUCAAGACAAAACAACUUUAGCCAGCUAAAGCUACCCUUUAAUCGAUUUUUGCCCACCAAAUUGCCGGCGCUUUUCGCUACUAGUGGGCUAUAACAUAUAGUGUAGUAGUAGCUCAACCAAUCAGAACGCAGCAUUGAUAAUAGACCACUAGUUGGAUUUUACUAAAGUGAGAUAUUCCUCCCCCAGGCAAUAUCCGAUUAUUUGAUAGAAUUUAGAAGGGCCAUACACCGUUUAUGGCCAAAUAAACUAUUUGUAAAUGUGCUCCAAACUUCUAGUUAUUUGUGUCUCCAUGAAGUGGACAAGACUGCUGAUUCCACCACCUAAUUUACCCACCUUGUUACCAACCCCCCUGGGAAUGAUGCUGGACCCACUAAGAGAUCUGCUCACUGGGACCGAGUCCCAUCUUUUUUAGAGAGAGAUAUUUUGGGGAGGGCACAGCGGCUUAUUAUUUUAUCAUGUUUUGCAUUUUUCAGAAAUAAAUGAAUGUGCCAGUGAUCCGUGCUUUAACGGAGGAAACUGUACGGUAAGAUGAAAUUGUGUGUUGUUAUAUCAUGGUUAGUCUCCCACGCAGACGUUCUAUUGGCUCGUCGUGUGACGAACCCCUAAGAACGUCUGUAUGGGAGGCGUUAUUACGGUCUAAUCUCGCGACAACGGCAAAAAAGGGAGUCGCUUGUAAAACGAUGUGCUUUCUUUCUUUGAAACUUCCUUUUCACUCGUUGGCGGAGUGGACUGUAUUAUUUGUGUCAUACUAGAGGUAAUCAUUUAUUACGGAUCCAUGUUCGUCACUUACGGAAAAAUUACGGAAACGAAAUCGAGUCCGUUCCAUUCCAUGUCCAUUCUUGCCAUUCGUAGCAACAGAUGACAGGGGACAGUUUCAAUUCCUCAAUAUUGUCCGUUAAAUAACAAAACUGGACCAUUAUUUUUGGAAUUUAAUUGAUGUGAACACACCAUUCAGCUUUUAAAAGGGUAGCGAAUGGCGUGAUAUACCCGUUUUAAUCUGAUUGCAGCAUUUUACUUGUUUUGUAGGAUCUAAUAGGAGAUUUCAACUGUUCGUGUCCCGAGGGAUAUAGCGGGAAACAGUGCUAUCCCGACUGUGGGCCCAAUGCAUGCCAUAAUGGUGGCACUUGCGUGAAUGGUAUUCGCGGCUACCAUUGCAUAUGCGAGAAGGGAUUUACCGGAAGUAUUUGUGAGGUGGUGAUACCAACAGUUCCUACGAAUCAUUCUUCGAGCAAUCGUACUACCAAUCAGCCGAUUAAUACUAUUGAAAGCACUACAAAUGGAACUGUUAAUACCACAUUGGCAACAUCAACAACAACAAAGCAUACAACUAAAAAUGAGUCAAUGGGUAGGUAGUAUAUAACAGCUGGGAAAUGCGAAUUCAUGAGAGCUUGGAAAUGGCCUUAACCGGGCCUUUUGGCUUAAUUCUUAACGCUUUCAGGCGCGGGUUUAAGAUCAAUAGUGACCAAAGACGCAAACGUCUAGGGUGGUCUGGAGGCAUGCUAGCCCAGGAACUUUUUUUUUUUAAUUUUAACUCCCUAAAGUACCCUUUCCUGGGUUUUCGAGUCUUUCAGAUAUUAUACUACUACAUGAGAAAUUUCUGCAAUUUGAUUGGCUUAGAGCAGUGGUAUUUCAGCUUAAUUUAAAAUACCUACAUGUGAAAAUUACAAACCUUUUGCGGGUAGUAGUAUAAACAAUUAAUAGCAUGAUUUGUACAUGAUACUUGGCAUAAAUACCACUCCUGAUAUUACAAAAUUGUCUCAAAUUUCACUCGCCUAUCGGCUCGUGAAAUUACGUGUAACAAUUUUGAAAUAUCACUCGUGGUAUUUAUGCCAAAUAUCACUACAAAUCAUGCUAUUAACUAUACCAAUAUUGCCCAGAUUUCAACUUGUAGAGUUAUUUUAUUAUGAAAAGUAUAUUUAUCAUGAAAAAUCUGGCCGAUUUCCGCAAAACGGUGGAAACUGGUGUGGAUCCCCGCCUGGCUUUAGAUGCGUAAAAUAGUCCAAAGAUACGUCAUGUAAUAACUGAUUAUUUGUUAAUGCAAUAUUUUUACCCGUUUUACAGGAGACACGUACAAUUCAGAGAAGAGAAAAUCAGGUAGGUUAAACUUUGCAUAUUGCGGUGCAACAAACUCAACAGGAGACACCGCCCGGGGGUGGGGAGGGGGCGGAAUCCCAUAUAAAAUUGACAGGGCAUUUUUUGCAAAUUUCUUUAUGCACAGUGCUAAGCGUUACCUUAAUGGACAAAUAUAGUGACUUUCCUUCCCAAACACCCUAAGUGAGACCAAAAUCUGCAAUUUACACCCUAAAGCGAGACGACGAGCAUCCCGUCAUUUUUGUAUGGGAGUCCCUACCCCCCCCCCCCCCCCAACCCCGGGGGCCUCCGACCUGCCCCGCUGUAUUGUAUUGGCUAGAAGACUACAAAAGUGAGACUCCUUUGUACUAAACGUAAGCUGUGAUAGGUCCAUUUAUCUCUUCCGCUCCCAAAAGUGGCCUGAGACACAAUUCAACAAAAUUUCCGAAUUUCAUUUUGAAAAAAGCUGAUAAACAAAUACUACCAUGUAAAAGUACAGCCGAAGAGGUUUCAUUUGAAUGGUCACACCUCGACUCCAUUAUUCACUUUGCAGUUCCACGUCACGUGUCUUAAAUUUAAAAUUUGAAUUCAAUAUUCAAAGUUCAUGUUCAAAGAGAGAGACCUAAAGCGCUCUGAGUCACAAAAUUUUGCUUAAGGUAGACUCUGAUUAUCCAUGAUUGAUAGCAAUGAUGAUAAUUAUGAUGAUGAUGUUAGAUCUUUGCAAUUCAUUUUUAAGCUAAUGGUUUCAUUUCCUUCUCAGGGAUCACAAAACAAACCACCUUGAUCGUUUCCAUUGUGGUCUCUCUUAUAAUACUUCUUCUUUGUAUCGUCGCUUGCAUGGCAUGGAAAUUCUGGAGAAAACACAGGCGAGAUCCUGACAACGACACAGCGGGAACCGCUGAACAAUCGGCGCAAGCUGCUAAUCCGAAACAAAUAGACAUUGAGGAUCCUGAUUCAAAACAUUGUGCGGGCGCAAGGUCAGGAAAUCCUGAAAUUAUAAGAAAUUUCGUUGCUUCAAGACAACAGGAAAAGAAUACAAAUAAAACGAAAGAGAACCUUGGAGAUGAAAAGAUUCUUAAAGGAAAAAAGUUCAGAGAAAAUACUAAGUAAGUAUUAAGCUUUGAGUUGUACUUAAGUGUCAGCGGUAGACUGCAAUAGCACGUGCGUCUUGUCACUUUCGCCCAGUUUCUGCGUAUCUAUCAUAGGUAAUCAAAUACUGCUUUCUGUCCAUGAGUUACAAAAAACAACGAAACUAAACGUUCAGAGCACUUUUAAGUGGCUCUUAAACACUGAACAAAGAGGUAGUUUCCUAUAAAAUGCCAGCGCCUGGGAGAUUAAUUUGAGUGAGACAGAAUACGUUUACGAGUGUAUUUUAGAUUCAAAUUUACGGGCGGGUUUUUAAUAGGUGGAAUUUUUCUCAUCAUCUGAUCUCAUCUCAUCUCAUCAAUCAUUCUACUAAACUGGGCGUAAGCAGAUGUGGCAAUAUCUAUUCUCGUUGAAAACUAAGUUAAACUCUUGUAGUCUAACAAAAUAACGCAUCUGGCUUUGGCGUUAACUGUCUACGAUCAUUAAAACUUGCUGUAAAUGAUUGUUUUGCAGAGUUUCUUUGGAAUUAUCUGACUUAACAACAGUAAAAACGACAACGACGACGACGACGCCUCCAACUUCAACAACGAGACGGAUGAACUUAGAUGAACUGUAUCUUCCUAAUCGGUGUUUCGACCAAGGAUUUUGGCAAGAAGUGGAGCUGGAAAUAUGAUUUAAUUUAUUUAACUUAAGGUAAAUCUUGUACCUGUUUGUCUUUUAACCGCUGCUACUUAAGCUCAUUUAUAUAGGAUACGCUUUCGUGAGCGCGGUAUGGAAAAGCGAUCUUCAUAAUCGUGAAAGUCUGGGCAACUUUUUGAUUUUCUGCAAGAAUUGCUCAACAUUAAGCACUAUUCCUAGGGGGGGAGGAAUUCCUUUAUGGGACGCUCGUCAGAAAAUUAAAAUUUAACCCCCAAGGGAGACCAAUAAGGGUGUGGUUCAAGCUUAAACUGAUCCCUAAGGAGACCAUGCGUUACAUUUUUGUAAAUUCCUUUAUGUAAAGCCCUAAGUGAUACCUGAAUGGGCAAAUAUAGUGAGUUUUCGUUCAAACACCCUAAGUGAGACCAAAAUCUACAAUUUACACCUCUAAGCAAGACGACAAGCAUCCCCGUCACUUUUAUUUGGGAGUUCCCCUCAGGCAUUUAUUAUAGUGUUUAUAUGAUAUCCAAAUCUUAAAAUCGGUCUAAAAGAUGCUAUGAACUUUCCGUUGUCUGGACAUAUCAAUCGGGAAAGAGAAAUGAAAACUAUAUAAAAACUCGGAGGUCGUAAUGGCAAAAAACUGAGGCAGCGAUGAAAAUACAGUUAGGCUGUCAGACCACAGGCCUCAGUAUUUUAUCCUUCAGUCACCAAUUUUGUUGUUAGUCUAUAGUUGUUAGUUAUUUCUCGUUAGAAAAAUACAUUACAAAACCGGUACAUAAGGCAGUCUUUUGGCUACAAAAUACACAGUGAGUGGGAAAAAACUGUUUAAUCAGCGGUAAUGUAUCCUAAGCAAACGCGAAGCCUUUAAUCGUUCGUCCUGGUUAGGUCUUUAGGCGACUAAGUGGUUAGGCUUAACUGGGCUGCUCUAUUUCGCAUUUUUAAACGCUAUCUUUGAUUUUUAGACAACGACGUUAACGACAGCGAAAUUAUGUGGUCUUCGCCAUUGGUACACUGAUGAUCACGUGUCGUGCCAUGACGUCACGUGAAGGGCGAUGUACAUGCUGGGAUCAAAGUCUGCAUUCCUAGAAAAGAAAAAGAGUGGAAACUGGAUGGGAUCGCAAUGUGAUGUGUGAUUGGUCCUCAAGGUGAAAAUGAAGAAGGUCCCAUUCUUAGAGACAUCCUUACUUGGCGAGAAAGCAGGACUAAGGCACGAGGGGUCUGUGUGACAAAAACCACAAACAAAUUGCUUUGACAUCGAAAUGCUUUCUGCGUCAAUUGAUAUUUGCUGCUCUCGAAGGUCCUGUUUCUUACUGUGGAUAAAGAGUGGAACAUUUCUAAGUUGUAAAUUCAGCUUUCAGUAUAUAUUUUUACUCGUUUGUCGAAGAUCAUGAAAACAAAACAAAAAAGCAAAACUUGGCAGGUAAUCAAGCGCUGCUGCCUUUCAUAGACUCUGAAACGAGACUGAAACAAGCUUACCUUCAGUUCUCCCUUAUGAAAAGGGGAAGAAAAUUGCUUUGAGAAAAUCACAAUUACAUUGUACAACUUUGAUUCAGGCGAAAAACCAUGAUAGCGUUUUAUCAUGGUUCAACUUUGAGAAACCAAAUUUCGUAGUUCGUCUUCAUCUACCCCAUUUUGGAGAAGAUUAUAUUUCGCAUGUCCAGCCCAGAUUGUAAAUUUUCCGAUUACAGAGAGAUGAACAAGGCUGUUAUUUAUAAAACCCGGUUUACGAAAGUGGUAGGGAUAUAAUAUAUAUAGCCAAAUUUGUAUGAAUUAUUAAUACUAUGUUAGAACCUUCGUAAGGAGAUAGUGUAAGGGCCUGUGGUCAAUUGCCAACCCGUUGACUCCUUCAAAUGGCUAAGUUUAAAAUCCAAAAAUUUGUAAAUACUGAAGAACUAACAGAACCACCGGAAAGUACUGCGAAAGAGCUUUCAUCUGAAUGGUUACAUCUUAGAAUUUAGUCAUGGUAGAGCGCAUUAUUACUGAACAGAGUACCAUUUUAAAUGGCCUUUUUUAUGUUAGAGAUUUAAAGUCGUCUAAAGUCUGGGACGUUAAAGUCGACUGGUGUAAAAACGCGACGCAUUAAAGUAGAAACUGACUCUUCCCAGUCUUCUCUGGAUGAGUUGGAUAUAAAUGCGCCUCAAUUUACCGUGUCCCGUUUUAUACUAGACGCAUUUAACACGUAACACGUUCAAGUCGUCGUGUAAGUGCGUCGUUCCGACCCACCUAACAGGAGACCUUAAUGUCGUCAGGCGUUAAAUACGUCUGUCUUAUUUAUUUUAGACCACCUGAACGUCUCCUUCUGGCUUUAACAUGUCUUGCAGAAAAAAGGCCAGUUAGUGCUUAGUAGCUUUCAUUUGAGCGAUUUGACUUUUCACCCACAAUCCACAUUCCAUGACAGGAUUUUUUUCACUGGCAGUAAAAGGAUACCGACUCAUAAUAAUCUGUUUAAGUGCUUAAAACAUAUGUGCACUUUUGAAGGGCUGUCCAAAGAAACCAUAUUAAUAGCCGAAAGUUCAUCAGCUCUUUACUAGCAUAACAAAUUUUACUUACUUACUUUCACUUGUUAUGGAUACCUUCUCCCCUUCAUCAGAUGUUUCCGCUUUGCUGUCAUAUUUUUUUUUUGCUGGCUUCUGACUUGUUCAUUCCAUCUACACAGCUAACACUCCAUAAGGAUUGCUUGCUCGCUCGCAAGUUACAUGCUCGCCCGCGCGACAAUCCUGAGGGGGUUUUUGCUGGCUUCUGACUGGUUCAUUCCACUUACGCUGCUAACACUCCCUCGGGAUUGCUCGCUCGCAAGUUACGUGUUCGCCCGAGGGACAAUCCCGAGGGACUGUUAGCAGUCACCAUUCCACCGUGCGUGGCUUUUUAAAGUUAUCAAUAUGGUUUCUUUUUCGGCAGUCUUUGGAAAACUGCUCAAAUCUGUUUUCUUUGCAGAAUGUAACACUUCCGUUUCGUCUACCUCUAAGUCGUCAUUUAUUGAUUUAAUCAUUCAAAGACCAGUCUUUUCCACUUGUUACCCUGGUACAACACAUGGGAAUUUUUGCUGCUUUUGUAAAUUAAUGAGGCAAUCUUAGGCUAACGAACUCAAUUUAAAAGGUUCGGUUCCUUUUUUGCUUUGGCCCAAUAUAAUUUUAAUUUUGAUUUACUCACAAUUUAUUGUUUUAAAGUUGGCGCUUUUUUGUGUUAUCCGCGUGUACAAAGUUUUCGGCCUUAUUUAAUACGUUUAAACUGAAAUUUUCCUUCUAAAUUCUGUACUUGCACAAUAGAAGUAACAUUCGCUUGACUGUUAAUUCUGAAAGAUUCUGUCAAGAUGUCCAGAUCAAAACCUCAGUUACUCUUAUUCCUAUUUUGACGUCUAAAAAAAUAGUUAACCCUUUCCAAAUGUUGCUCAUUAUGUCCGUCUGAAACGUUGGGCUUCAAAGUUUAUCAAGAAUUGUUCCUUUGAUUUUACGAGGAGCAAGUUUUCUUUUUUGCGAACCGUUUCUGUGGGAUUUGUUCUUGUUCACUCGGUACUGAACUUAGGCUGUGUCUACACUAAGCCGGAAAGCUUUUCACGUCGAGAUUUUGGAAAAGCAUGAGCAUCAUCUGUUCAAACUGCGUCAAAGAGUGGCCCAGAGAGCUAUUCGAUGUGACGGUCCACGUUCAAGAUCGGCAAGGCGCAGAUUUGCAGACCGUUACAGUAGCCGCGCCUACAUCACUGUUCUCAUUUCUAAACAGAAGCCCUGUCUCAUGUGAUUUUCGUGCCGGCACAAGAGCUAUUCGGCAUAGUGUAGUCAUAGCCUUAAAGGUAUUUUUCAUAAGAUACGCUCUUUGUUUAAGAGUUUUCACGUGCUGUUUGAUUCCAGUUUAACACCUCGUAUUGUCUGGUGCGUUGUAGCGUUAUUUCGCAGUAGUCAUUUACACGACAUACUUAGCAUUUUGAGUGGGUAGGUUUUGAUAGAUAUAUAUUUUUGUAAAUUUUUAUAUAUAAUUCGCCAGACAGUUUUCUAGAGAUCCUUAGCCCAGCCUAGAGGUCAUUUGAAGAGAAAUUUAAUAUAUAGAAAC